AUGCGUACGCGGCAGAAACGCCUCAACUACCGAGUUCUGAAUGAUGAGAGCGAUGAAGAGUCUUUGCCUGAGGAUCAAAUUGACCAAUCAAGCGAAUCAAGCGAGCCACUGAGCAAUCUCCCACGUACUCUCCCAACCUGUCAAAAAGAUGUGGUAAUCCUCACCAACAUACCAGAUUGUGAGCUCCUACCUUCCGAGUCUGUGUCACAAGUGCUAGUAUCGCAAGAGAGCUCAACAGAUGCUGGUACAUCAAUCACAAGCCACAUAUCCUCUCAAUGGUGCAAACGACCAGCGCCGGCUACAGAAUGGAUCUGGGGGUACUUCAAGACUACAGCCAUUGAUUGUCCAUGGGUUAUCAAGAGGACCAACAAAAGACGGCUGGUCGACCGAGAGAUUUGCUGUAUCCAUGUAGAUGAAAAGACGGGAAUACGCUGUGACUGGCAUACGUCGGAUUCCCAAAGGCAAAACACAACCAGCAACAUGAAGACGCACUUGGCAAAGCAUGGCAUUUAUUGCCCGACCUCCACUAUACCGCCAGUAAAGAAAGGACCCGACAUUCGGACUUUUAUGGGUGGUAAACAGAGUCUUACUCAUCAAGAGGUCUUGGAAAUGAAUGCCAUUCGCUGGAUUGUGACUGAUAUGAAAGCCUUCACUACUGUCGAGUCUCCAGAGUUUCAGCAGAUGUUCCGAGACAUUCCUGGGAUUGAGCCUCCAUUCACUUCUCGCCACACCUUGCGGGAUCGAAUCAUGCAAGAGUUCGUCAUACAGCGCACCAACCUGAAAAGUGAGCUGGCUUUGACUUGCAAAACCAUUGCCUUAUCACUGGAUAUCUGGACAAGCCAGAAUAAUCUUCCUAUUUUAGGGAUAAUUGGUCAUUGGCUGACUGGCGAAUUUGAGUACCGCGAGAGAUUACUCGAGUUCACUGAGCUCCAAGGUAUUCAUAGUGGCGAAAAUCUGGCGAUUGCAGGGGAAAAUAUGCUUAUUGAGUUGAGUCUCGAGGAUAAGCUUAUUUCUAUUACAGGCGACAACGCCAGUAACAAUGAGUCCAUGGCAUCCGAGUUAUACUUCUCUCUUUCUGACCGACCUAGGGUGGAAGACACCAUGCCAGCACAACUCUAUCGAGGUCUUGACAGCUAUAUCCACUGUCUGGCUCAUGUCCUCAAUCUGAUUGUGAAAAAUAUACUCCGUAACUUGGGGUCGGGGACGAUGGAACAAGCGCAAGUUGCCUGUGACUGUUUGCAGACUGGUAAUUUGAUCACAGAUCACUCCGCAAUAGUGAGAUUACGAGUCCUUGCUCUUUGGAUUAACCGAAGCCCACAGCGCCGACAGAAAUGGAAGGAGAUUUGUAGACUCAACAAUCUUCCCGACAAAUUUGUUGCGUACGAUGUUACGACACGAUGGAACUCGACAUUUCGCAUGAUACUCCACAAGUUCAAUGAGCUUACUUUGUUCAUUUCGAAACGCAAUCCACAAAUCAGCCUCGCAGUCCCAAUUUACUAUGAGCUACACGAAUUGCUUGAUGACGUGAGGGAGGGCAAUGGUGACUUCGCAAAACUGGAUCGAGAUAUUAUAGCUGCAGUGAAUGAAGGGAUGAAGAAAUACGAAAAGUACUAUUCCAUUAUGGACGACUGUGACGCCUACUACACUGCCCUCGUCUUGGAUCCCCGAGUCAAAGGCGAGAUGGUCUUACGGGAACUUCGAGAUGGCAAUGCAGGGACAAUGAUUCUGGAAACGAUCCGCACCAAUCUCCAUCAGGUAUACACGGCUAGUAACCCGGAACAUAAUGCCACUGCAACACAGUUGUCUUCCCUGAAGCAUAGUGAUGUGGAGUCUAGAAUGCUGAAGAAGUUGCAGGCACGAGAUCCACCGCUCUCAGAUAUUGAUAAGUACUUCGACACCCCUCCGAUCAGCGUCGCAGAUACCACCAGCCAAAACUGGCUCUGUAAUUGGUGGAGGACGCACAAGGGCGAGUACCCGCGGAUGGCAGCAGCAGCCAGGGACUAUUUAGCGAUACCUGCCUCAGAAGUUGCUGUGGAGAGAGUGUUUAGCACAGCGAGGGAUGUGCUAGGUAUCCGGAGAUAUUCUUUGAAAGGGGAUACCAUACGAAUGCUGAUGUUGAUUCGCGAUGGCAGCGUUUCUAUCAGCUUGUCGAAUCUUGAUACGGAUAUAUGCCCUUCACAAUCAAUAUCUCAGGUUGAAUGCGAGACCGAGUGUGUUGAAAUCAAGCAGAGAGACGGGACUAGGUUAAAAGAGCGUAGCUAG